GUGAACUGACACAAAUCCAAUCCAAACAUACCUAACCUCAAUUGCUUUAAACUUCAAACAAAAUUUCAUUUUAUAGCAGUCUACGUCCAUAGUGGAAUUAAUUUUUCAAACAAUUUCUGUUUGUUACAUUAAACAGUCUGCAAAAUGGCACAUAAUGCGAACAUGGAUCUAACUGAAGAAGACGCUGCAGAUUUACAAUUUCCUAAAGAGAAGAAAGAAGUGUUAAAAACGCUCAAUAUGAAUGUUGAUAACGAUUCAAACAACCAUAUUUCAUUAAGGGAAUUUAAAGCGUCUUGCUCGAACUGUCUUAUCGAUUUAGUUGCGCCUCAUUUCUUUUGCGUAGAGUGUAAGAUACCCAUUUGUUCUCAUUGUUUUUGUAAUGGUGUCGAAUUUUCUGUUCAUAAAAACGAUCAUAACUAUCAAAUUUUGAAAGAUACAUUUGUGUUGUUCGAAAACUCUGAUUGGACAGCAAAGGAAGAAAUAACAAUGUUGAAAGCCGUAUUGAGGUAUGGCAAUUGGAAUGCAGUUGCCAAUGAAUUGCCGAAAAGAACUUUAAAUGAAGUCAAAGAUCAUUAUGAUUAUUUCUAUCUUAAGAGAAAAGGAUCAAAUUUACUUCCCAAAAUUAAAGAGACCCAAACUGAUGUAUUUGCCGAACCUAUUGUGCCUUAUAGGUUGAAAAUAAAUAACACUGAAGAUCCUCCUAGAUUUCAACCCAACACCACUGGUUACAGUGCAAUGGCAGGUUACAAUCCUGCUCGUUCAGACUUUGAAUAUGAAUAUGAUACUAGUGCAGAGGACUUAUUAUCAAAUUUGAAACCUAUAGAUGAAUCAGAUCCUCAUUACAGUUUGAUGACAAAAUUGCAAUGUGCUAUAAUUGAGAGCUAUAACAGGAGAUUGAGAGAACGGCAAAGGUGGAAAGCUAUUAUGAGAAAACAUGGACUGAUUUUAACCCGAAAAUGUUUAAGUUGGCUGAGUAGAUAUGAUAUAACGAUUACUAAACCUGUUUAUAUGAAACUAAUCAGAUUCAUGCAAUUAUGUGAACCUGAGCAUUUUGAAUUUAUUUUGGAAGGAUUGCAUAGAAUUGGAGAAUUGAAGUUGCACAUAUCCAGACUUUGUGAUUUUCGAUCAAAAGGAAUAACUACAUUAGGAGGCGCCCAAUUAUAUCACAAACUGAAGAAUCAACAUGAAGAAUACAAGAAAGAUCUCAAACUUUUUCAAAAACAAAGUAGAUACAAUUGGAAGCAAGUACAACCAAAUGUUCCUUCAGCAACUGAGUUUUUUGUGAAUAAAAGGAGACCUGCAUUUGCACCUUUAGAUAUUUUGGGGAUGCCUGGAUACGAAAAAUUAUCAGUGAAAGAGAUGGAUCUUUGUUCAACUGUCAGAUUAACUCCCACACUAUACUUUGAAUUGAAAAAUUUGUUGGUUGCUGAGAAUAAGAAGAUGGGUCACCUGAAAUUACAAACUGCUAGAAGAUUAUUGAAAAUUGAUGUGAAUAAAACAAGAAAGCUAUAUGAUUAUUUAGUUGAAGAAGGAUUUAUUACCAAACCAUAGAACUUCUUGUUCAACAUAAUAUAUAUUUUAAUAAUAAGAAAAAAUGUAUGCGGAAGAAUCAAUUUAUUUAAUGUACAUAUUGUAUUAUAUUUGCCAUUUUUAUAUUUGUUGAUAAUAAAGUCAGGAAUAUCUAGA